CUCUCGCCUCAACCUCAACACACCGUCAAGCACAGACAAGGACAUACACUAUGGCCUUCUCAGAGAUUGACACCAAGGCCAUCGCCACCAUGCGUACACUUGCAGCAGACAUUGUGAGUAAGUCAAACUCCGGCCACCCCGGAGCGCCUAUGGGCAUGUCCCCCGUUGCUUGGACACUCUUCUCGAAGCACAUGACCUUCAACCCCAAAAACAGCAGCUGGAUCAACCGAGAUCGAUUCGUCUUGUCCAACGGUCACGGCUGUGUGCUCCAGUACAUGCUCUUGCACCUCUUUGGCUACGACUUGUCGAUGGAUGACCUCAAGAACUUCCGUCAGCUCGAUUCGCACACACCUGGACACCCUGAAUGUGCCGACACGGACGGUAUCGAAGUGACGACUGGUCCGCUUGGUCAAGGUAUUGCCAAUGCUGUGGGUAUUGCCAUGGCUGAGGCACAUACCGCCGCCACCUUCAACAAGGACGACAUCAAGCUUAUCGACAACUAUACUUUCUGCUUCCUUGGUGAUGGAUGUCUCAUGGAAGGUGUCUCCAGCGAAGCCUGCUCCCUUGCUGGUCACUUGCAACUCGGCAAGCUGAUUGCAGUCUGGGAUGAUAACCACAUCUCCAUUGACGGCGAUACCAACUGUGCAUUUACCGAAGAUGUUCGCGCACGAUACAAAUCGUAUGGCUGGCAUGUUGUGGAUGUGGUCGAUGGCGACUCUGACCUCGAGGGCAUGAACAAGGCUAUCGAGUCUUGCAAGGCCGUCACAGACAAGCCUUCUCUCAUUUGCCUCACCACUACCAUCGGAUUUGGCUCUAAGCUGCAGGGUACGCACGGCGUCCACGGAAAUCCACUCAAGGCAGAUGACGUUGCACAGCUCAAGGAGAAGUUUGGUUUCAAUGCAAAGGAGACCUUUGUCGUGCCACAAGAAGUGUACGACGAAUGCAACAAGAUCGCCGCCAAGAAUCAAGAAAAAGAGCAAGCUUGGAACAAGCUCAUGCAGCAGUAUACUGAAAAGUACCCAGAUGAGGCAGCAGACUUCAAGCGUCGUUUAGACGGCAAGCUGCCAAGUGGUUGGGAGAAGAAUCUGCCAGUCUACAAGGUUGGCGACGAUGCCGUUGCUACGCGCAAGCUCUCCGAGACUUGCUUGUCUGCCAUUCAAGGCGCUCUGCCAGAACUCUUUGGUGGUUCGGCCGAUUUGACUGGCUCCAACUUGACGAGAUGGAAGGAAGCCGUAGACUUCCAGCCACCCUCGACCAAACUUGGUACCUACGCCGGUCGUUAUGUUCGUUACGGUGUCCGUGAACACGCCAUGGGCGCCAUCAUGAACGGUCUUGCCGCAUACGGCACCAUUAUCCCUUACGGCGGUACUUUUCUCAACUUUGUCUCUUACGCCGCCGGUGCUUUGCGUUUGUCUGCGCUCUCGCACUUCCGAGUCAUUUGGGUCGCUACGCACUGUGCAAUUGAUUUGGGUGAGGAUGGACCCACUCAUCAGCCGAUUGAGACGAUGGCUCACUUCCGUGCAACACCCAAUUUGCUCAACUUUAGGCCUGCUGACGGUAACGAGGUGUCUGCUGCGUACUACCUCGCUUUGACCAACAGUAAGCGUCCCUCGGUGCUGGCUCUGACGCGUAUGAACUUGCCACAGUUGGAUGGUUCAUCCAUUGAAAAGGCAAGCAAAGGUGGAUAUGUCUUGAUUGAAAAUGAGCAAGCAGAUGUCACACUCCUCGGUACUGGCUCAGAAGUCUCAAUCUGUGUUGAGGCCGCCAAGGUGCUUGAGAAGGAAGGUAUCAAGGCACGUGUUGUUUCAUUCAUGUGUAAUGAAAUCUUUGACGAGCAGCCGCUCGAGUACCGUUUGUCCGUCUUGCCAGACGGGAUUCCAAGCAUGUCUGUGGAGGUCUACUCAACCAUGGGCUGGGAGAAGUACACGCACGAGCAAUUCGGUCUCAACCGAUUCGGUGCGUCUGCGCCCGCAAAGGAUCUCUACAAGAAGUUUGAGUUUACCGCUGAGGGUGUUGCUAAGCGUGCCAAGUUGACGGUUGACUUUUGGAAGGACGUCAAGCCUUUGAGGUCUCCUCUGCGUCGUGCAUUCCAGAACUUGCAGUCUGGCGACCACAGGGAUCCCUCAUAGACGAGUGUCUAGUAUAUAGUCUCGCUAGUAGUGAUUAGUUGAUAGAAUCUAUUUGUUUCGCUUUUC